AUGGUAGCCAAAAAUGGCAAGCCAGGUUAUUGGAAGGCCUUCUCCUAUAUUAUUAAAAACACUGUGCUGGGCAGAGAAGACUUAGACUUUGGACUUGCAGGGGACCAUCGGCAUCUAAUACUACACAACUUGGGCAAGACCUUUUAUAUCAGUUACCGACUGAUUCCAUUUAAAUGGUAUACAAUAUGCUUGAUAUGGGAUGGGGUGAAGGGCAGAUUAGAGAUUUUCCUGAAUCAAAAAAGGUUAGUGAUAAUAAUGGAUGAGCCACGCAGCCUGACACCUAAUGGGACGCUGGUCUUAGGGCACUUGCCCAAGAAUGAAGAUGGCCAGGUGAAAAAAGUGGCACCUCACUUUACUGGCAGCUUAUACUACUUUCAACUCUGGGAUCGCAUCUUGGAAACUGAAGAGUUUAUGAAGUGUUUAGAUGGAAAUAUCAUUAGUUGGGAAGAAGAUGUUUGGCUUCUCAACAAGAUCAUCCCAACUGUUGACAGGACACUGCGCUGCUUUCUUUCUGAAAAUAUGACAAUUGAAGAAACAAGUAUGCCUCUUCCACAACAAAUAAACUUGACAACCCCUUCCCAAAUUACUGAACUAAGACUACAAAAGACUGUACAUGUAUCUGCAGUGAUGUCUAAAAGCAUUCCUAUGGAUGCAACUAAUUAUACAACUUUAUCAUAUUCUAAUAAAACAUCUUCACCUGUAGAAAUAAUGACUGCAUCAAAAAAUUUAAGGACAUCUAUAGCUGAGACAGCUACCUUUGCUGCAGAUGGUCUAUCUUCUGCAGCCAUCUCUCGGCCUACCCAGAGUACAUCUAUAUGCACUACCACUGAUUCCAUGAAAAUAACUAAAUCCUCAAGUUCAGAAAGCAAAAGGACAACAAAAAUGGCAGAAGUCAUGUCUACUAAGACCUCACAUCCAACUACAGCUAUUAAUUUCCUUUCCACAUCUGGAUUUACCAAGAAUUCAAGUCCAUCAGAAACUUCAGCUGAAUCUCAGUCAGCUAUUAUGAAGACCACAUCUUUAUUCUCAAUUAUUGAGUCAACAUCCAUGUCUACAACAUCUUGGCCCAAACAGAAAUCUACAGUUAUUCCACCUUUCCCUUUUACCACAUCUGGGCAAGAGUUUCUUGUAUCUACAGCUGCCAGAACUGUACCUUGGUCCACAGUAGAAGAGACUUCAGGUACAAGUACUGUCACUGAGACUGCAUCAACAUUCCCACCUGAGUCUGUGCUCAUCUCUACAGUUGCUCCAGUGGAUUCUAUAUUUACGAGAAAUCAGACAAUAUCUACAUUGGCAAAAACUGAUGUGCAAACAGCAUUUACAGUUCAUUCUGUUAUGCCUUUUGAGACCACACCUGCUGUAAGAACAGCAGAAACAGAAUGGGCAUCUACAAAUUUCCAGAAUAUUUCUUCACCCAGCUUGGAGGAUGCCAUAUCUACCUCCAAUGCAAAAGACACCUCUUCUAUGGCUUUUUAUUAUGUGACCUCCUCUCCAAUCACUAGAACUCAGAAUGUACAGACAGUUGUUGAUGCUGAGAGUUCAAACACAGCCUUCACUCCUGCAAUCACACUUGCACCUACAGUGGCUAAAACUACUUUCUCCUCCACAAUCGCAGGGUCAGUACAUACUCAUAAUACACCCACAGCUGGUGAACACAUGCUUACUUUAAUUUCUACUAAAUCACUUUCCACAUCCAAGGCAUCUGAAUCAGAUUCCACACCCACAACUGAUGAAACUGCCCAUGGAUUUUCCACCAAUGGUAACACUUGGACUUCUAGGCCAGAACAGACCCUGGUAACAUCUAUAAAUACAACUACCACACUUACAUUUGUACCUAAUGAAAAUUUCACAUUAGCAUUACAUGGGAAUAUUACUAAUACAGAAUAUUCAUCCACAACUACUAAUAUUAUCACCCCACUGGAAGCCUCCACAGAAAGUAAGGCUACCACUAGUACUGAUACCACUACAGCUAGAUAUACAACAGCUCUUACCAAAAUAAUAUCUUCACAGUUUGCUAAUUUUUCUACCAUUUCUGGAACUACAAAUGUAACUAAUCUGCCUGAGUUUAAAUUUACCACCUUACUACUAAAAACCAACUCUAUGUCCACAGUAGGUGCAAAUGAACUUCCUUCAACACCAAAGGAGACAGCUGUUCCAUCAGCAGAUAUAACAUCUACCCUUGCUGAUAUUAAACUAAAAUUUUCUACUGAAGAAAACACUUCUGAAGCAACACAAACAGAAACAAAUGGUACAAGCACAUUUGGUGAUACAACAGCCCCAGUACCAAAGUCUGUCACAACAGAAAGAUUCAAUGUUACUGUGACAAGAAAAGAAACAACUUCCCAUCAUCCUAAGGAAAAAUCAACAAUAGCAGCAGUAGCUGAGCUUUCUCAAUUUUCAACAAUGCUGGAAAUGAUAGAUGAAUCAGCACAAACAGUGACAGCUUUUGCCACUGUUUCCCCUUUUCCUGAUACAGAAAAUUUAACUAAUCUAUUGGAUCAUAAAACUGUAACUACUGAGGUGGGAGGGAAUUGGUUUUCAACAAAUUUGAUGCAAACCACACCUAAGAGUCCAUACAAUGGAGCUACAGAAAUCUUUAAUUCAACCCACAACUAUUCAGCACAAUGGACUUCAGAGACACCUGGGGGAAAUUUAGCUCUGUCUCCCACUUCUGGGAAAAUGCAGACAUUCCCUGAACUCCUGGAUGCUUCUACCACAAGAAUAUUGGAAGCCAGUGUCACCACUAUUCCUACAGACAGGACAGCUUUGUUCUCGUCUGCUGAUGUCAUUCCUCCACAGACUGCAGCUACUCAUUCCUCAGUAACCCCUACAGCUGUUACCAGUAUGUUCUCACUGCCAGUUAAUGUUUCUGGUGUCACUUCUUCUGUCAUCUCUAUGGUGGUGUCUGAUGAAACUAAGGUGACCAUGUUUGAGCCUUUUACACUGGCCAAGGAUUUCUCCACAUCUAUGUUCUCGAAUGUUUCAACUCUGUCAUCUGCUACAAAAACCACAGCAUUGGUGCCACAAUUGAGUCAAACAGCUUCCACAACCAGUGAUGCCAUGCCUACCCACAAAAACUCAACUGAUACCACUUCAGAGGCCGUAGUGAUCUCUACUACAAAGACACCCAUGGCAGUUCCCCCUCUGACAGAAACUGUAGUCUCAAUGAGACCUCUCACUCCUGUGACAUCUAACACUAGGACAAUCCUUUCCUCCACCUCAGCUGACAUAGUAACACCAUCCACACACACUCUUGUAUGCUCAAAACCUCCCCCUGACAACAUACCUUUUGUGUCCUCUACUCAUUUGGUCACAACUACAUCUGCACCAGUAACAACUCAACCCAUAUCUCAAGUGGAGAAGACUUCUACCUAUGGUCUUAGCUUUCCAUAUACUUUCAGCAGUGGUGGAAAUACUGUUAGCUUGGCUACUGGCACCACAGAGACCUCUGUUGUUGAUGAAGACAUGUCUUUGCACACCUCUGCCAAAAAUCUUACUACCUCAGUAGGCAUUCACGUUUCUCAGCCUUCCACACGUCUUGUAAACACACCAGUCUUUACCCAAUUGGCAACUGGCACCUCUAAUUUAUCUUCUGACCAAGAGCAGAUAACCACUUCCCUGGGGAAAACCACAAGGACUUUGGCAGGGACAGAAAUGUCUCCUUCAAAGAAUUCUUUUAUUUCCUAUUCCCAGGGUACUUCAUCCUUAGAAAUGGCAGAUACAGGAUUUUCUGAAACCACAAAACCUUCUAGCUAUAGAACACAUUCACCUUCAGAGAUUCAAUCUGGGACUAUACCUGAUGGGAAUUCAACUUCAUUUCCGACUUCUGGGAGCACACAGGCUACACUUACCUUGACCUCAAGUAAAACAGCAGAUGUUCACAUUUCAGAAAUGUCUACUAGUUUUGGGAAAACAAUUCUCCCUUCACAAGCUCUGACAAUAACCACUUUUUUGUCUCCUGAUAAAGAAAGCACAAAUGACCUUCAUGUAUAUACUCCCAGAACUGCAGAAAUGAUAGUGAAUUCCUCCUCUACAACUCACCUUGUCUCAUAUCACCAGAAUACUUCAAUCAUUCAUACCAUAACUCCCAGGACAACCAGAAUAUCAAAUAAUGUACUCAUCAACACAACUCUUUCAGACCUGCCUUCACUUAAGACUCAACCUGAGAUAACUUCAUUAGUUGCCUCUUCUACUUCUGAAAGCAUACAUACUUUCCCUAAGUCUUUGUCUCCUUCCACAGCUGGAUUAUCCAAUAACAAUUUUACAAUGAUAUCAACUAAUGGGAUCACUACAGUCCUUUCUGUAACUACAACACUUCUUGGGGAAACUUCCACGACAACCUCAAUUCCUGUUUACCAUAUAACCUCACUGCCAGUUAAUGCCACUACUUUCACUUCCAAAAAUGCUUCUGAUACUCCCACAAUACCAAUGACCAAGUCUUCUAAAACCACACACUCAAAUUGUUUGAAAAAUACUACUAUGACCACUUCUGGGCCCACAUUUGAGAUGUCUUCUAGGCCAAUUAAUGAUUCUGUUUCCUUACCUGCAGCAGGUUCUUUUGACACUUCCACAACAAGUGGGUCAUUCUCUAUUUUAUGGUCUUCAACUACCCCUAGGACUGCUAUGACCACACAAAUAUCUACACUGAAUGCCAUACCUGUGACAUAUGUUGAACCUACUUCAGAAAUGAUCACACCUACAGCCACAUCCUUUCCAACACAGCCAAGUUUUCUAUCCAUGAAAACCAUUUCAACCACUAUUCCAGCUGGAAUAGUGACUUCAGUUGUAGGUACCACUGCCACCUCUCUACUUAGUUCUAAGAACAGUGAAGCUAUUUCCUCCAUUCCAACAAGCACGUCUUCACCAUUGCUAUCAACAAUCCAACAAUCAUUAAAAGGAGAUGAAGCUACAACCCUGGGCAUAUUACUUGGGAUUACUAACAGCUCCCGUUUGGCUAUGAGCAGUGGUAGAGUGACAUCUCUCGCAAAUACUUAUUCUAGAACUCCUGUCCCUGAAAAUGGGCUUUUGCCUACUCCUUCAGAUAAUCUUCAUACUUCCUUGAAUAUCCAGGUUUCCCCAUCUUCAACUGACUCUAAGAGCACUUUUGGAUCCACAAAAAGUGUAAAAGACACCACCAUUUACCUCUCCUCUAAUAUGGGAAAUAUGACUUCCUUGUCAGAAAAUAUUUCCUUAUCAGCUGAGAUAACAAAAAGAGCUACAUCUGGGAAUACUCCUGUUUUAUAUCCUUCAUGGACCCCAUCCAAUACAACUAUACCCUCUUUGACAUCACUUCUUUAUUCACCUCAUGGUACUGAGGCAAAUGCUGAGUUCUCUACUCCAGAGGUCUCUCUUACAUCACAAAUGGUUGAAUAUCCAGUUCUUGGAACAAAAAUUACAUCUAGUAACACAAAGUCUCUGCUUACAACUUCCUGGAACACACCCAGAACUGAAUAUUCUCAGUUUCCAAUUUCUACCACUACUCAUGUGCCUACAUCCAAAAAGACAGAAACAGAGACUCUGCACCUUGUUCCUGGGUCUUUGUCAACAUAUGCAGCCCCGCAGACUGGUCUAGUCUCUAAAGAUGUUAUGGCAAUGUCAUCAAUUACCACAUCAGAACUUUUUCCUACCUUUGGUAUUUCUGAAAGCUCUUCAUUGUCAACAUCUUUAAGAGAUAUCUUCACCUCUUCUGCUAACAGUAAGCACACAUUUGAGAAAACAACCACAUCUGUAAUGCCUAGGACCAUAUAUCCAUCAAAUCCUUCUAAAAUCUCCAAGACUACUACUUCAUCAAUGCUGACUUGGGUCUUAUCUAGUCUUCCUUCAGGUUUUUCCGUGGUGACUAUAACUAAUGCUCCUCAUGUUAUAACUUCCUCCCCAGUAGGGGUGUCAAAAUCUACAUUUCCAACUUCUUCCAUGAUAUCAACAUACCCACACAUUAACAUUUCAAUACUUCCCUUUGCUACUGAAAGCACCACACUUACAAAAAAUACUCCUACACCUACCCUGGGCAGUAUCAUUAAUGGCUCUCCAACUUCUCUCCCCAUUUCUACAAAAAUCACAGAUGACAAUGUAUACAUUUCCACAACCCCUGAAGUAUCCUCCAGAGCUACUAUGACUACCAACUCCAGAACUAUGUCUCAACCUCCAUCUGUUGAUGGAAUGAGUAUGUCACAUUCUACAGCUGACCACACUCCAUCUAUUGGUUCCAUGUCUCUGCCUAAACCUACAAAAACAUCUGCAUGGAGCUCAAUUCCAGCCGAGUCAGUAUCUUCUACUUUAACUCUUCCUAAUCCCAUACUAGAUUACCUCAUAAAUACAACCACUACUACAUCCAGUGCCACUGGAGCUUUAUUUUCAUUCACAGCUACUGGAAUAACACAUCCUUCCAAAGCAACUGUGACUUCACUAAAGUCUUCUUCUUUUGAGACAACCUGGAUGGACUCCACAUAUUCCUUUCUAUCUACAGAAGCACUGACUUCACCAGUUGCUGCUGAGCCCAAAGUUUCCUUCUACAAUAUUGAAAUGAGCUUCUCUGUCUUUGAUGAAGAGUCAAGGGUCCCUGUUACCAGUGUUAUAAGUGAAUUGGCAAAAAAUUGGUUGAAUUAUAUAUUUCAAGACAGUGAAUUUUCCCUUGCUAAUCUGGCUAUCCAAAUAAAAAGCAGGAAAACUUCUGAGGAAGAAAUGGCCAUGGACCGACUUCUUGUUCAUGAAAUACUGAGCAGGAGAAUUGAAAACAAUGACAGCAACAUAGAAAGCAUCCCUGGUCCUGCUCAGAUUCAUGGCCCAGCUCCUCCUGGAACACUGGCUACCGUUGAUCUCUGUGCUUGUCAGGUCAUCAUAAAGGCUGACUCUUCUUUAGCAUCCACGGAAUUGAUCAUCAAGAUCAGAAAUAAAAUACAUGGCAACUUCUCACGUGGAAACUUCACACAAGAUCAGUUCACAUUAUUAGUAACGUCUGAACACAUCACAGUGAAAAAGCUAGAUCCAGGAAAGUGUGAAGCCCACGAAACACCCACUAAAUACAAAGGGACAUAUAAGUGGCUAUUAACCUACCCUACUGAGACAGCCCAAACCAGAUGCAUAAAAAAUGAGGAUGGAAAUGCCACUAGAAUCUGUUCAAUCAGCAUUCAAACAGGCAAAUCUCAGUGGGAGAAACCAAGGUUUAAGCAAUGUAAAUUGCUUCAAGGACUUCCUGAAAAGAUUGUGGAUCUUGCUAAUAUUACCAUCAGUGACGAGAAUGCAGAUGAUGUUGCAGAACACAUUUUAAAUCUGAUAAAUGAAUCUCCACCUCUGGAUGAAGAAGAGACGAAGAUUAUUGUUUAUAAAGUAGCUGAGAUUUCAAAGUGUGAUGAGAUAAGUAUGAACCUAACCCAGAUUAUAUUACAAAUAAUCAAUGCUGUUUUGGAAAAGCAAAACAAUUCAACCUCCAAUCUACAUCAAGUAAGCAAUGAAAUUCUGAGGACAAUUGAGCGUGCUGGUCACAAGAUGGAAUUUUCUGGGAGGACAGCAAAUCUUACUGUGACCAGGUUGGCUUUGGCUGUGCUACGGGUGGAUCAUACUUUCAAAGGUAUGGCCUUUGGCAUCCCCUCCUAUGAAGAAGGUGCAGACCCUCAGAUCUACCUGGGCAAUGCCCCUCUGCAGAGGGUUUUGGCUUCCAUAUAUUUGCCUAAAUCACUGAGGGAGAAAAUUCCUCUUAACAACUUACAAACCAUCUUGUUUAGUUUUUUUGGCCAAACUUCACUUUUUAAGAUAAAAAAUGUCAUGAAAAAAUUAACCACAUAUGUUAUGAGUGCUAGCAUUUCAGAUAUGUCCAUUCAAAACUUGGCUGAUCCAGUGCUCAUCACUCUGCAGCACAUUGAAGGAAAUUGGAAUUAUGAUCAGGUUCACUGUGCCUUUUGGGAUUUUGAGACUAACAAUGGACUAGGCGGAUGGAACUCAUCAGGCUGUAAAGUAAAGGAAACGAAUGUAAAUUACACAAUCUGUCAGUGUGACCACCUCACCCACUUUGGAGUUUUAAUGGAUUUAUCCAGGUCUACAGUGGAUGCAGUGAAUGAACGGAUAUUAGUUCUUAUCACAAACACUGGAUGCGGAAUAUCCUCCAUUUUCUUGGGAAUUGCAAUGGUGACAUACAUAGCUUUUCACAAACUUCGAAAAGAUUAUCCUUCCAAAAUCCUGAUCAACCUGUGCACAGCACUAUUGAUGUUAAACCUGGCAUUUCUGGUUAAUUCCUGGUUGUCAUCGUUUCAGAAAGAGGGACUUUGUAUCACAACUGCAGUGGCACUUCAUUACUUCCUGCUUGUUUCUUUAACUUGGAUGGGCCUGGAGGCAGUCCACAUGUAUUUUGCUCUAGUCAAAGUCUUCAACAUAUACAUUCCAUAUUAUAUCCUUAAAUUUUGUCUAGUUGGUUGGGGAAUCCCAGCAAUUGCAGUAGCAAUCAUACUCACCGUGAGAAAAGAUCUGUAUGGAAUUCUGAGCCCAACAACUCAGUUUUGUUGGAUCAAAGAUGAUUCUCUCUUUUACAUCUCAGUGGUGGCUUAUUUUUGCCUCAUAUUUCUGAUGAAUCUCUCCAUGUUCUGCAUUGUCCUCGCUCAACUGAAUUCCAUGAAAUCCCAAAGCCAGAAGACUCGGCAGAAGAUGAUUCUGCAUGAUCUCAAAGGCACAUUAAGCCUGACAUUCUUGCUUGGCCUCACCUGGGGGUUUGCCUUUUUCGCCUGGGGACCCGUGAGGAUAUUUUUCUUAUAUCUUUUUGCCAUUUGUAACACUUUGCAAGGAUUCCUCAUUUUUGUGUUUUACUGUGUGAUGAAGGAGAAUGUACGAGAGCAGUGGCAGAUACACCUCCGUUGUGGGUGGUUGCGAAUGGAUAACUCUUGUGGUAAGAUGCCAGUCUGGGUAAGGUGUGGGUUAAAUGUUGGGUAUAAACAGAAGAGACUGAAGAAAAGCUUUGAGCACAAAUUGUUGGCAGCAUCCCUUAAAUCAACAGCAACAAGCUCCACUUCCAAGUCUUUAGGCUGUGUACAAGGCACUCCUUCAGAAAUGAUCUUCCCAUACGAUGACAUGGAUGAAGAUACCUACUGUUUUUCUUCCUUGGGUUGUGAAGUUAUGCCUGACUGUACAAGAAGAAUAUUACCUAUGGAAAUCAAAAUGAAUUCCAGCCACAAAGAUUUUUUUUCAAUAAAUCUCAGCAGAGAUGCUCACCUCCUCCCACCUCUGGGCUGGGAAAAGUGUUGA